AGUGAAAAAUUGGAAGUUGAAAGGCAAAGUAUAAGAAUUGCCUAAUACUUUACGGAGGUAAGAGUGCUAUUUACCCUAAUUCUCUUUUCCAACAGCAGCCCGUUACCAGGCGAGUGAAACCGCAGCGCCUCCGCACCGCGCCGCCCCGCCUUCACUCCCCCAUCGCCACCCUCCAGCAGCCACACCCUAUGCGUAUAUACAAAGGUAUAUCUAUACACACACAACACACCUACUCAUACACAUGACCCAUACAUUCAUUCACUAGCAGAAAAAAACCAACACUUUGAAACCAAUGACUGUUCAUCACUGAGCCAAGAAGAACACCAAAAAUGACGAUACAUUCGGCUGUGAUUCAAAAGCUGCUGAGCACAAACGCCCACCUGGGGCGCCGAGUGGCCGCCCACCACUUCAAGAUCUACACCUACGGCGCCCGUAACGGCGUGACCAUAAUCGACUCCGACAAAACCCUAAUCUGCAUCCGCAACGCCUGCCACUUCAUCUCCAACCUCGUCCGGCAGAAGGGCAAGUUCCUCUUCGUCAACACCAACCCCCUCUGCGACGACAUCGUCGACCAGAUGACCAAGCGCAUCGGCUGCGGCGCCGACUCCUCGUGGCGGCUCGGCGGGUUCUUGACCAACAGUGGCAGCCCCAAGAAAUUCAGGUCACGGAAUAAGAAGCUCCAUUUGGGGUCAACCCAGCCUCCAGACUGUGUUGUGAUUAUGGAUACAGAGAGGAAAUCGUCGGUUAUUUUUGAAGCUGAUAAGCUGCAGAUUCCGAUUGUGGGGUUGGUGAAUUCGGACAUGCCGUGGGAUGUUUACAAGAGGAUUACGUACCCGGUCCCCGCAAAUGAUUCGGUGAAGUUUGUGUAUUUGUUUUGUAAUUUGAUCACCAAGACUUUUCUGGUGGAGCAGAAGAGGUUUCAGGAAGUUGAUGACAAGCAACUGAGGCUUACAAAAGCUGAAAAUAGAGAGGAAUCAGAAAAUUUAAAGCAAAACAUGACGAGCAGUUCGAAGGAUGAAAACCCUGUUAUUCCUUAUGAAAGCUUAGAUCUCACUUCAGACGAUCCUCUUGAAACCAAACAGCUUUUGGACAAGCUUGUUGUGAUAAAGCUCAAUGGUGCUUUGGGAACAAAAAUGGGUUUUAGUGGACCCAGGUCUGCCACUGAAGUUUGCAAUGGCCUCACAUAUCUGGACUUGAUUAUUAAUCAAAUUGAGUCUCUCAAUUCUAAGCAUGGAUGCAAUGUUCCCUUGAUUUUGAUGAACACAAUCAGAACACAUGAUGGCACCCUGAAGGUAGUGGAGAAAUAUUCCCAGAAAAAUAUUGACAUUCUUCCGCUCUGCCAGAACCAAAGUCACCCAGUCGCCAGAGGACGGGACAGUGAGGAUGAAUCGGUUCUAUUUGAUCAUCAUGAGCUGUUCCUUUCCUUGAAGAACACUGGUACGCUCGGGGCAUUAUUGUUGCAGGGUAAGGAGUAUAUCCUUGUGGUGAAGUACGACAACCUGGGAACACUAAUUGACUCAAAAAUUUUAAAUCAUCUUAUCCAGAACAGGAUCCAAUACUGUACAGAGCUCUCAGAAAUGGCACAGAUGCCUGGCAAAAAUUCUCUGAAGAAGUCCAAACUUGUUGACACGGGUAACCUGUGGAUGAAUCUGAAGGGUGUGAAAAGGCUUGUUGAAACUGAUGGAAAGAAUGUUGAAAAUUAUCCACUUUCAAAGUCCUUUGAUCGUGCCAUUGAUGUUAAUGUUCCACAUUCUCGCUUCCAACCAAUGAUGUCAACAUCAGAUUUAUUUCUUUUCCAGUCAGAUCUGUACAGCUAUGGUGACAGCUUGAUUCGAAACAGUGCUCGAACAAAUUCUUUGAAUCCUUGUAUUGAACUUGGACCUGAAUUUGAAAAGCUCAGUGACUUCCAGAGUCGUUUCAAGUCAAUUCCUAGCAUCAUUGAGCUUGAUAGCUUGAAGGUGAUGGGUGAUGUUUGGUUUGGAACUGGCAUAACCCUUAAGGGCAAAGUCACCAUCAUUGCAAAACCUGGGGUAAAAUUAGAAAUUCCAGAUGGAGUGGUAAUUGAAAAUAAGGAGAUUUCUGACCCCAGCGAUAUAUAAGGUCUUCUUGAAGUUAUUGCUGCAAUAUGUUUUGUUGUAACAUAUGAUUCCUGUAGUGCAUCUUGGUGUACGCCUUCGAUUCAGUUUUGUUCCUCUAAAUUUUGUUUCUAAUUAUUUAGCAUAUUCUUUUUGUAUGGAAGAAAAACAUUAGUCAAGAGAUCGACCGAUGAAAUAAAUUUUCUUGAUCUGCCCUAUUCGCUUCAAGUUUGUAGGCUAUUGUUGUAUGGGGAAGUGAAACUUAUUCUCCCUUUUUGUUUAUCAAAGUAAAUUUAGCUUGCGCGAUUCA